AUGGAAUCGAGUCGAAGAGCGGUGGAGUCGUACUGGCGGUCGCGGUUGAUCGAUUCAGCUACAUCCGAUGAAGAUAAAGUGACUCCCGUUUACAAAUUGGAAGAAAUCAGCGAACUUUUGCGUUCUUCGCAUGUUAGUAUUGUGAAGGAGAUUUCAGAGUUUGUCUUAAAACGUUUAGACCAUAAAAGCCCAAUUGUGAAGCAGAAGGCUUUAAGAUUGAUCAAGUAUGUGGUUGGGAAGUCUGGUGUGGAGUUCAGAAGGGAAAUGCAGAGACAUUCAGUGGCAGUUCGUCAGUUGUUUCACUACAAGGGACAGUUGGAUCCUUUGAAAGGUGAUGCACUAAAUAAGGCUGUGAGAGACACUGCUCAUGAGGCUAUCGCUGCCAUCUUUUCAGAAGACAAUAGCAAGCCGGCACCUGCUGAAGAUCUAAACCGGCGGAUACAAGGGUUUGGGAAUAAAAACUACGAACCGCCGCAGGAAGACAAGAAAUCUUUUAUCAGUGAGGUUGUUGGUAUUGGAAGCGCAUCAAUUAAGCAAGGGCUUAAUAGCUUAACACAGGGACAUUCGCUGAUGAAAAAUGAUCCUGGCAGCUAUAAGAGUCCAAAUCUUCGAAGAUCAUUGACCGAUGAAACAGACCAUGGUGACCGAUAUGAACCAGUUGCAUAUCAUAAUGAAGCUCAGAGUAGUUUUGGAGUUUCAAAGAAUCAAUCCACUGGUCCUUGGAAUCAGGAUUCAAGAGUAACUAAGACAGACACGUUAAAUGGGGAAUCUGGUGCAAGUUAUGCAGAGAGGAAGACAAGAGAAGAUAAGUUGCUGGAGACAAUUGUAACAUCAGGUGGUGUUCGUCUGCAACCCACUCGAGAUGCAAUUCAAGCUUUCCUAGCAGAGGCUGCAAAGUUGGAUGCACUGGCUUUAUGUCAUGCCCUUGAACUGAAGCUCCAAUCUCCAAUUUGGCAGGUUCGCAUGAAAGCUGUUUGUGUCCUUGAGUCCAUUCUUAGAAAGAAGGAUGAUGAUCAUUUUUCACUGGUGGAAUCUUACUUCACCGAAAAUAAAGAAGUGGUGCUGAGAUGUUCUGAAUCUCCCCAAGUCUCUUUAAGGGAAAGGGCUGCGAAGGUUCUUGGUCUUUUAGGUGGAAGCCAGCCAAACAGCUUUGCAAUUAAUUCAGAGAAUGCUGUGAAAACAGAGAAUCCUGCUGUUGAAGAGCUGCCUAACUUGAUAGACACGGGUGAUUCAAAUGACUAUCAUGGAACUGAGGACAUUCUAAAGAGUACAACAGAUCAAAACAUAUCAAUUUUGACAUCCACUCCUCUGGUUGAUGAUUUAUUUGGAGAUUUUAGCGGCUCUGUUGGAGCUAGUCAAGAACUAAAAAAUGAUGAUGAUCCAUUUGCUGAUGUUUCAUUUCACACAAGUGAGAAUAAAGAACAUGCUGAUGAUCUCUUUUCUGGGAUGACUGUUGGUAGUGAGAAACAGAGCGAUCAUAAGAUUCACAGGCAGGGUAAUACAAGUGAUCCUCAACUUUUUGACAUUUUUGCUUCCAAUUCUGAACAAGGAAACAAUAAGGAGCUUGUCAGUGAUUUAAUGGCUGGUCUAUCAAUGGAUGAAAAUACCUCAAGUACAAAGCAGAAGGGAACAUCUCCUUCCAUGCAACCUGAGUCUUUAUUUGCAGGCUUAACUGACCAUAUCCCUGGCAAUACUUCAGAUGGCAUGUUGAGCUCUCAGCCAAUGGGGUUGAACGUAAAUCCCAUGUUUCCUACUGGUGCUCUGCCUUUUAAUAUACCGCCUGGUUUCAUGUUGAACCAACCUUAUCCGUCCCAGCCUCUUAAUUACGGUGCCAUUAAUUACGGUGCCAUGGGAACUCUUUUUGCUCAGCAGCAAUUCUUAGCAACAAUGGCUAAUUUCCAGCACCUUAAUAAUGCCAAUGAUGGUGUUGCUCAAAUGGCUGGACCCAAUGGAAGAUCACCUUUUCCAGACAUAUUUCAACCAAAUUUUCAAACGCAAACUCCUAGCUCAAUGAUCAACACUACAAGGAAAGAAGAAACUAAAGCGUUUGACUUUAUCUCUGACCAUAUGACCUCUGCUCGUGAUUCAAGGAGAAUGAUUUGA